AUGACUCCAACUUCUCACCAUAAAAAUGGCCCAGCAUCACAUACUCCAAUACCUUUAAAUAUUCAUAAAAAUGGAACAACACCACCACCAUUAACCGCUGCAUCAAUGGCUGCACAAACAAAUACAAUUAAAAUUCAAAAAAUAAUUAAUGUUUUGUCUGAUAAACAUGAAAAUAUUGAUAAUGUUGAGAAUUCUCUUCGUUCUCUUACUCAAUUAAUCAAAAAUGGUGAAAUUGCAAAUUGGGAUGAAGUUUUUAAUGAUAUUUUUUAUAUUAUUCAACAAACUAUUUUGCAUCCUUUAAAUAAUGCUGGAACAAUAAAAGCUGGGGCAUUAAAGGCUAUGAAGGAACUUUGCUUGUCCCAGCCAAAACGACUUUUAACAAAGACAGAACUUCUUUUAUUAAAUACUUUGGAUGCACACGAAAAUGAUGAUGCACAAGUUGUAAAAGCAGCUGAAGAAUGUGGUGCAGCAAUUGCCACAAAAUUGCCGUCCAAAACUUGUGUUAAUUUAUUAACAGCAGUUAUUGAUGAUAAAAAUAGUAAAUAUCAUCAACUGUCUGGAGCAAUAAAAAUGAUGAGCAAUUUAAUUAGUAAACUUCCACCUGAUGAGGUUGAAGUAAUGAUGCCAGAUAAUGUACAACGAAUGGUUCGGUGUUAUGAAAAUUCGCAAUCAAUGGUUCGUAGAGCGUCAAUAAUUUGUUUGGUUUCGAUGAGUGCUUCGAUUGGACUUGAUAAAUUAAAACCGCAUUUAAAUCCAUCGACGUUAAAACUUGUUGAAGUCUACGCUGCGCGCCUGACAAAAAGAGAAAGUUAUUGAUGAUUAUAUAUUGAUUGAUAU